AUGAAAGAGGUAUCGAUAUCACUGGAAUUGGAAACUAGACAACAGGAUGAAUUGAAUAGCAUUGCUUCGAUAUACGGUGAUAUUUUCAAGGAUAUAACUCCAAAGGAAUUGAUAUGGAACAAGAAACCCAAUCCACAUUUCCAAAUAUUUCUCUCGUCCUCAGAGAAUGAAAAUAACCCAACAGUCUCAAUCACUUUGGAUAUAGAGUUCACUCCAACGUAUCCCUUGUCGUCGCCCAAAGUUAAAUUUCUCAAUCCUCAAAACUUAUUAAAAGCACACGUUGCUCGUAUAAAACAAAAGACCGAAGAGCUUAUUAAAGAGUACGAACACGAGGAAGUUUCGUUUGCUAUAAUAUCUGAGCUGAAAUUUAUACUAGAUGAUAUUCAGGCGAUUACGUCCAAGGUGCUAUCAUUGGAAGAGGAGAGGGAGAAAAGACUUCGAAACGAGCGAAAAGCAUUGGAGGAGCUAGAAGAAAAAGAGCAGAAGGAGCUAGAGUCUGCAACGCAGAAGCGAAGCAAGGAAUUGAAUGAGCAAAUACAGCAAAUAAAAAUUGAAUUGGACGAGGAUGCUGAGGAGGAAGAAGAGGAAGUAGAAGUUGCUCCCGUGCCUGGUAACAAAGAUAAUUACUUCAUAUUCGAUAACGAGUUGGAAGAUUCUCUACCAAAUUGUAAACGGAGGUUCAAAUUUAGAGCUGUUCAGGGAUUCAUUCGGUACACCAAGAGGGGUCUCUUUAGCUCCAUAGGCAAACAGUUUAUUGUCAAGCCAUUUGUCAGUGAAGAAAUCAAGGCGGAAGUUGAUAAACAUGGUCAAGAAUUAAAUUACCUUUUGACCGAAAUUGAUCUUAAUAACCAAUAUUGGCAGCAAGAUACAGGCAAGAAGGAAGUUCAAGAGUUGGAAAAAGAAUUGCAAUCCUGCGUCAAUUUGAACAACCCCCACGUGCUCAAGUUGAUCGGGUUUCAAAUUGACAAACAAAACGGGUGGAAAGUUCGCUUGUUGACGGAGUUUUCAUUUGUUUCUGAGCCAUUGUUUGAAAUCAUGCCAUCAAAGGGACAUAUGAGUCUACCUUUGGCCAGAAUAUGGCUAUUGAACUUGAUUCCCGUUUUAGAACAGCUACACAACUCUGGUUUUGUUCAUAAACAAAUCAAUCCAUUUACUGUUUUUCUUUUCGAGCAAGAUAGAACUGGGCAAGGCAGUUUGUUCACAGAUGCGACAAAUAUCAACUCAUGGGGAAAUGAAAAUGGAAAAAUUUUGAAAUUAGCACAUCCUUCAUAUGGAUACAAAUUUUUGAGAAUGUUAGAAACGCAUCCGAACACAGGCAGUGACAAGUUCCGCAAGGACAAAAAUAAGAACCCGGAUGUUUGGGCUCCCCCUGAAGUAAAACAAACGGGAGUCUAUAACCAGAAAUCAGAUGUGUGGGAUUUGGGAGUGUUGGUUUUGCGACUAGUUGUGGGUAAAGAUGCAUUGAUUAAGGAAUUUUCGAAUCCAGACGAAUUCAACAAAAAGUUUCUAGAGAAGGCGAGAUUUGACCGCGAUGAGUACGCUGACCAAGUUUAUGAUUUGUUGACCAAAUUGUUGCAGCCAAAAUACCCCAAGAGACCAACAUUACUUGAGCUAAAUGCUGUCAGAUUUUUAAGGGAUGGACCAGUUUUGAAAAAACAAGAGAGCAUUGGUUACGCUGCGACAAAUAACGCUAGGAGCAAGAUGUUAUCAAAGGAUGUAUCUAUUCAUCCGGCAAGGUUUUCAAGCUAUACACCUAGCGCUCAAUUAUAUAACAAUGCUACUCAAGCACUCAGUCUGGAGUCGCGCGGCAAUAGUAGGUAUGAAAGAGAUUUUGAAGAGAUUGGUAGAUUGGGAAAAGGCGGGUUUGGAGAUGUUGUCAAGGCCAGGAAUCGGAUGGAGGGUACCUACUAUGCUAUAAAAAAAAUCAAGCACAGGGCUAAUAAGCUUGACUCGCUUUUAAGUGAAGUGUUAUCAUUAGCUCGAUUGAAUCAUCAGUAUAUUGUGAGGUACUAUGGUACUUGGGUUGAAGAGUUGGAGGAAAGUGUGGAAAACCUUGACGAUCGUAAAAUUGUUCCCCUUUCGGAGGAAACCUCUGAGUCCAGUGAAGACGGUUCUGAAAGUGAGGAUGCUUCUGAUUUAAGUUAUGCCAAUAGAUCUUCAUCGCUUUUGGCAACGCGCACCAGCUCCUUUCAAAUUGAUUUCAUUUCAAACUCAUUUGAUCCUCGAAUAGAAUUUGAUGAUGAUUCUUUGCCACAACAAAGCAACACUUCGGAGGACGUUUUUGAAUUUGCUCAUUCAACUGAUGAGGACCCUUCUACUCACGACAGCACUGACCUUUCGGCGUAUGCCGGCGGUGUGGACGUUUCAGGACGAAUGGUGCAUGUUGAUCAACAAAACACUCAGAAAGUGUAUCCAAAAUCUAUCUUGUACAUCCAAAUGGAGUUUUGUGAAAACAACACAUUACUAAACCUUAUCGAACAGGGUCUUCCCAAUAAUCCAAAUGAGUACUGGAGGCUAUUUCGACAAUUAUUAGAGGCAGUGUCAUAUAUACAUCGCGAAGGAUUUAUUCAUAGAGAUUUGAAACCGAUGAAUGUGUUUAUUGAUAAAUCAAACAACAUCAAGGUUGGGGAUUUUGGAUUGGCAAAGAAUUCACAGUUUUUGUCUGCACUACCCACUUCGGAACAGAUUUCAGAAAAGGUCGAUGCUGCAGUGUCUAAGAAUGGUGAUUUAUCGACUGUGGUGGGAACAGUAUUUUAUACUGCACCAGAGGUGUCAUCAGGAAAUUAUGAUGAGAAAGUGGACUUGUUUUCAUUGGGCGUGAUAUUCUUUGAAAUGUGUUAUCCGUUAGCCACAGGAAUGGAACGUGCCCUCACUCUCAACAAAUUACGACAGCGUGAGUACCCUGAAAAUUGGAAAGGAAAUCAAGAAAAACAAAUUGUCCAUCAGCUUCUAGACCCAGAUCCAAAAGCACGACCUGGCGCAUCAGAGCUCUUACAAAGUGGUCGUUUACCGGUUGAACACCAAGAUCAGGUGAUAAAGGAAGCUUUGAAAUCGCUAGCUGAUCCUGCGUCUCCUUGGCAACAACAGGUGAGAGAAGCUUUAUUUCAUCAACCCUACUCGUUGGCAAAGGAUUUACUAUAUGAUGGUGGCCGAGAAACCAUAAACAGCUCAACUAGUGAUUAUUUACUAUUCAGCAAAUUGAUUGACGAGUUGACGAGUCUUUUCCACAAGCAUGGAGCUGUUGAAAAUAUCAAUAUCAACGUUAUUUUGCCUCGAAUACCAGCGCAGCCAAAGGACAUGGUUUAUGAAUUUCUUGAUAGAGGCGGCUCGGUUAUCACCUUGCCCUACGACUUGGUUGUCCCGGUUGCGCGGUUUGUCAGCCGAAAUGAGAUUAAUGUGCCCAAAUUCUAUCGACAUGAUUUUGUUUAUCGGCCAAAUUUGCGAGGAAUUGGCAUGCCUGAAAAGUAUAGUACAAUGAAUUUUAACAUUACUAGUCUGUCAGAUAGAGAGGUCAUUGCCAAUGAUGCAGAAUGUUUGAAGGUGGUUGACGAGGUAAUGUGUAUGUUUGGUCAAAUACCAGCUCAGAAAAUCAUCUUCAUCAAUCAUUAUGAUGUACUUGAUGCAGUUGUGUCGUUUGUGUUUGGGAACACAAAAGUGGAUGAUCAAAUAAAAUGGGGUGUUUUUGCUGUCUUGUCUCAGUUGCGGAUAGACAAAUCUGUUGAUGAUGUUAAAAAGUAUUUAAGAGAGGAGUUUCAAAUACCUCGUACCGUCAUAGAGGAUCUUCUACUGAACUUCAACUUUACAUGUUCCUUGUAUGAAGCAAGACAAAAGUUGCAAAAAUUGAUGAUUGACUCGCCGCAGUUGAUAAAAGUGGAAAAGUCAUUUGCUUACCUAUCCAAGGUUCAGAGCAUACUCAAUCAAUUUGGAAGAAAGUCCGAAAUUUUGUUUAAUCCAUUGUACAACUAUGAUAACAGGUAUUAUCGCAACGGUAUCAUGUUCCAGGCGGUAUUCAAAGGAGAUAAAUCAAAAAGAUACAAUAGAAUCAUCACAGGAGGGCGGUUCGACACUUUGAUAAAAUCGUUUACUGAUGUAUCUGUCACCGGAUCUAAAACAUUCAAGCCAAACAGGUUACAUUGCGUUGGGUUUACAUUGACCACUUCGUUUUUAUUUGCGUUGAUGAGAAACAUCAUAUCUCGAAAAUCUGUAAAGAAUGAUUUUACAAAAUGGAAGGGAAGCCGUUGUGACGUUUUGGUUAGUUCCACGCAACAAGAAUUUGUUGAUUUAUGUGGAUAUGAAAUUUUGGGUAAAUUGUGGUUGAAGAAUAUCAGUGCUGAUCUCGUGUCAGCUAGAUCACAAGAUGAAUUAAUGCAUGAGGGUGCGGUAAUUGGAGCAUCUUGGAUCGUUUUGAUACGACAGGGGCAACAGCUUGUGAGGAAAUCAAGAAAGUCAUCAAACUAUAAGCCACUCAAGGUGAAACACGUACUCACUGGCAGAGAUGUUGACCUAGACAGUUACGAGGAGCUAGUGAACUUUUUAACAAGUGAACUUGGUGUUUGUGAAGAAGAAAUUGAUGAGGAUCCCACCACCCUGGGUCCCAUUCCAUCUGAUGGUGAUACUAUUUCAGUCGAGCACUUGGAUUCGGUUGAUUUGGAUCAAAAGGUCAUUGUUGUCAAUAACGAGGCUCCACGAGGCAGAAAAAACAACAAGAGAGAAAAGUGGGAGGUUGAAACCAAUGCCAAGACUAUUGGCUCUCAAGUAGUACAGAAAUUGGCGCAAGGCCCCAUACUCACAUUUGACGUCAGAGAUGAAGUCAUUGAUAUGAUUAGUAUCACUUCGAUCCACCAACAAGAAGAGUGGGUAAGGAAAGUUCUCUUUAGUGCAAACAAUUUACCAAAAAGUUUUGCCAUGAACAUUUACAGUAACUUGGUGAAAGAGGCAGCUAAGGGUCAUAGUUGGUGUAUUUUAGUGGCGUCGAGAACAUCACACUCAGCAAUAGUAGAUUUGAGAAGAUAA